CGAAUCACGCUGACGUCAGCAGGAUGUAAAUGCGGCGCCUCGCGGCCUCGUCGCUCUUUUUCCUCUCCCGUGCUGUUGGAGCUGGUGGCCUACGCUCUGUCUUCGGAAGAUUCACCACUGAAACAGCAAAAUGAUCAUCUACAAGUGCAAGAUAACCGGUGAUGAGAUGUUCUCAGAUAUCUACAAAAUCACAGAAACUCAGAGUGGACUCUUCCUCGAAGUUGAAGGAAAGAACGUUAGUAGGAAUGAAGACUUCGAUGAUGCUUUAAUUGGAGCCAAUGCCUCUGCUGAAGAAGUGCAAGAGUCCAACGAGUCAAGUACUGUCUCUGGUAUCGACAUCGUCCUCAACCACAAUCUGCGUGAGACAUCUUUUGAUAAGAAGGGAUACCAGACAUACAUCAAAGACUAUAUGAAGACUAUUAAGGCCAAACUGCAAGAAAGCGAAGCAGACAGAGUGGAAGGCUUCAUAACAACUGCCCCAGCGGGAGUGAAGUCCAUAUUGGGAAACUUCAAGAAUUUCCAGUUUUUCACAGGAGAGAGUAUGAACCCAGACGGCGCUGUGGGUCUGCUGGAUUAUCGUGAAGAUGGCAUCACACCAUACAUGAUUUUCUUCAAGGAUGGUCUGGAAAUGGAGAAAUGUUAACUACAUCUGCUACUUCUCCAACGAUUCGCAAGCAGACUGACAGAGCACGACUUUGCAUCAUGACUGAACGGAUACAUCCUUGUUCGAUUUCUUACAUAUUCACAUUAUGGCCCACAGUACUACUCCCAAAGCUGGAGGAAUCAAACGUGAUUGAUCACUGAAUAGUUUUAACUUAUUCUUUUCAACCUUUGCAGUGUUUGAUUUUUGUCCCAGGAUUGGCUUAGUUUUGUGAUUGAACUACAAGGCAGGACAAAGCGCUGACUUUGACUGGGAAAAAAAAAAAUCUUUUUUCAUCUGUCGGUGUACUCUUUUAGCGACGAUCCAUGCAGGUUAACAUCUCCAGACCUCUUUGUGUUUGGGUUCCAUUAAAUAAGAUUCCAUUUACAGUUAAAUGACUUCUGUUUUAAUUUGACAAUAAAAUGAAAUGCCACUA